AUGGAUGUGGAACUAAAGCUUGAGGCAGAUGAGAGGGAUAUGCCUAUAUCCCCAGCUGUUAUUAAGGCUGAUCUUUUUGAUACACAAGCAGGUUAUGAAUAUGAUAUAGAUCCUCAUGAAACAACAUCACAGCAGAUAUGUGGUAUUUUGUCAAAAGAUAGCGUAGCGAGAGAUGUGGAGAUUAAAGCAGAAUCAAUAGGUCUUACUACUAUUGGUGCUCAGGACAGGGAGAUUACAGAUAAUGUACUGGUACCGAGUAUCAACUCCUUGUCACAGGCCGUGGGUGUAAAGAGAGUCAUUCUGAAUACAACCGUUGAAGGUAGAAAUGUUAUUGUCCGUACAGAGCAAGAUAACCCCAGCACCUCUGUCAAAGACAAGUCAUGUUUUGAAAUUCCACCAAGUGAUACUCAAAUUGGAAAAGUAUUUAGGGCUACACUGUCUCAAUCACCACUGUCAGUUGCAGAAUGUGCUUCUUCUGGAGGUCAAAUCAAACCAACUGAACAGGCAAAAAAAACGAAGUGGCAGUUUUUUGUAAAUGCCUCAAAAAAAAUAAAUUUGGAGCACUGCAGUAAAGUAGGUGUUGAUUUCGAUGUCGGAUCUGGAGGAAAACAGAAACUUGACUUAAAGCUACUCACUAAUGGUGUAAUGAUUGAGAUUUCAGAUUUAGCCAAAUACUUUAGGACCUCUCAGCAUGUCAUCUGUGAUAUUCUAGAAUACAACUUUGAUCUUUGUCUUCAAAGUGAUCAACGUAGUGAAUUCGCAAUUAGGACUAACCAAAAAGUAAAGUACUUGAUGACAUUGACGAAGUCCAAACUACAAAAACCUGGAUUGUUAACUCAGGUCUUUGAACUUCCUAUGACAAUGACCGUAUCAAAAACACACCACUCAUGUGUAAAGCACUCAAAUGACAUUGUGUCAGCUAACCAAAGAUUGAAAAAAGAUUUUGAAAUACAGCAGUUGGUUAUAAAGGAGGAGGAGGAGGAAUGUGUCCCUAUAUCGUCCUUUGAGGAAGAUGGGUUGGUUGAGUAUGAAAAGGCCCAUGAUGACAACAAUGUCUCUCUAAUCAACUUUGACCUUGAUGCCAGCCAGGCAUCUCCUCAUCAUGUCAAAAAGACCAUGUCUAAUGAAACAGAUGUACCACAGAGUGCUGUUGAAACAGCAACACUUGGCCUCAAGAAUGGACCUACUGACAUCUGCAUGAAGGACGAACCUAAUGAGGACCUCAUAACUACUCAGGAUGUUAAGAUGGAGACCAUCUCUAUUGAUACAGAUGUAUCACUGUCUGAUGAGGAAGCAGGACACAGACCUAGAAAGAUCCAAUAUGUUAUGACAUCUACAACAGAAGAUAAAAUGAAGGACCUCUACCCCCUCUGUAAGGAAAUAAGUUUAGAUCUUGAUGUGAAAUCAAAAGGUGAGGCAAAAGAAAAACUUGACUUCCGUUUAUUGACUAGAGGUGUAAUGCUUGAAGUGGCAAAGUUUGCGGCCGAAGUGUGUGGAACCUACGGGCAGAUUGUACAUGCUGUUCUCGAGUACAAUUUUGAUCUUGAUUUCCCAAAAAACAUAGAUCUCCUUGAAAACAUAAUUCACAACGUAAGAUCAGUCAAAAAGAAAAUGAAAAGUCGAAGGUGGAGAUUGAAAGGCAGAAAAGGAGAAUGUGAAUUGCUAAAAGAAAGAUUCUCAAUGGCGCCUCAUUGGAAACGUUCUGGGAUUUCAAAUGUAACAAAAGAAAGGCCACUGGAUUACAAGAGGGAAAAGAAAAUAAGAGAAACUUUAAUAGCAAGGAAGAUGCAGGCAGACACAUGGGAAAGAGCCAGACAAGUUCCUCAGAGUAUAAAGACAGAGAGCGUCUUUACUGAGACAUCUCGGUUUGCUGAUGAGACAGCAAUACUCGGCCAUGAGAAUAGAUCUGCUGACAUCUUCAUAAAGGAAGAGUCUGAUCGUCAGUCUGGGGUCAUAGAACAAGCCUCGGACUCUGAGAACAACCAAGUAAACGUUUGCUGGACAUAUAUCCAUAAAAUCUUAACAUGUAAAAAGGUACAUGGAAGGAGAUGCAUUUUUUCCAAAUUAGAAAACUGUUUUAAUGUUCAGAUUGGUUCUGAUAAUAAUUUCAAACCAAUCCUUGCUAGAUACAGAUCAGAUGUCCUACCACUCAUAGUUGAGGAAUAUGAUAGCUUUAGCCACGCUGAGAAGACAAUGAUGUCCCUUGUGAAUCAGCUCCUUUGUGGUUUACAUUUGAUUGAUGGCUUGGCUCACCAGGCAAACACAACUCUUCUUCUCUGGGAAAAUAUUAUUUUAGGAGAAAAGGAAGUAGGAGUCUACAGCUCUCCUGACAUUGGACCAACAGAGUUGGAGUCUGGAACAAUGCGAUUGGGGAAUACUGUGAGGGAUGCUGUCCAAGAACAGCGAUGGGGAAUGGACGGUUAUCUUGUUCCGUUCACAACCUUUCUGGCCAGCAAAGGAGAAUUUGAAGAAGUGCCCUUAUCUCCAUCCAGUGGAAACAGAAUUGACGGUCUGUUUCAUAAUGCUGCUGGGGUGUAUAGCAUCCAUGAUGAUAUAAUUGCGUUCACCAGGGACUAUGAAGAUGAGAGUAGUAUGCUUGCAGCAGUUGCUGCUGGUUUGGAGGUUCAACCAUUUAAAGCAGGAUGUAGAGCUCUGGGUCUGAUUUUUAAGAUAAUCAUUGAUCCUCUCUGGAGAGCCUUGACUUUGAAGGAAAAUGUGUUGGACAUGGAAGUAAGAUACCAAACCCUUGUUACCAAGCUCAAGCAAUGGCAGGAAGAUGCAAGAGACCUUGUUGAAGGAAAUGUACGCUUGUUUGAUGACAUUGAGGUACCCAAGGACCUUGUGUUUGACAGGCUUACCAUGUGGACAGACCCAGACUUUUUUCAAUUGACCGUUCAGAUUGUUGAGUUACUCCUAGCUAGUUUUCUGAGGGUAUGUUGUAAGAUGCUGCUGAUCGACCUGCAGCAAGUGUCAAAGAUAAAUGAUCGAUGCAGAAAGGAUUUGGAAAUCAUAGAACAAUUGCAAAAGGCAAAAGCCAAUUCAAUAAGUAUUGCUGUUGAAGCCAUGGGCAUGUGCAAGACGAAUCACACUUGGGAAUGGCUGUCCUUUUUGGAUGCACCAAAAAUAGUGUCAGUGUUGAAAGCUCUCCAGAUAGUGUAG